AACUGCAACGGUUAAACCCCUCAAUUGAUUCAGCCCUCCUCCUCUCCCUCUCUGCCUCGACGAUCUCUCUACCGCACCGCUCCUCUUUCCUGAUUCCGUCAGUCAUCAUCAUAGUAAAGUAUCUCUAGUGGAAUUGGGCAGUGAUGGAGUCCAGUAGAGUAGUGGCUGGGAAGCAAGUCUCGCUGCCCUGGAACAGCAGGUUGGCCAAAGUGAAAAGACUAAGACUAGGCAAUUUUCGGAUGAGUCAAGUCUCUGGCCCCCAAAACUGCUCCCUUCAUACCAAUCCAAACCCCACGUUUCCUUUUGCUACUCGUCGGAAGAGCCAGAUCAACCCUGACUGCGGCGUUGAAUCUCCCUUUGCCAACUUGGAGCACAAAGAUCUCUCUUCCGGUUCACUGGAAAAACUCCCGGAGGACACUGUUGAAGCACGUCCUGUUGACAUCAAACGAGAACUCGUGAUGCUCUCUCUUCCGGCCAUUGCUGGACAGGCCAUUGAUCCUUUGACGCUGCUCAUGGAGACUGCAUACAUUGGAAGGCUCGGAUCUGUAGAGUUGGGUUCCGCUGCCGUCUCCAUGUCCAUCUUCAAUACCAUUUCAAAGCUCUUCAACAUUCCACUCCUCAGCGUUGCCACUUCUUUUGUCGCUGAAGACAUUGCAAAGACUGCCGCACAAGAUUUAGCCUCAGGUUUACCAGAAAGGAAACAGUUUUCUUCAGUGUCCACAGCGCUAGUGCUAGCCAUUGGAAUUGGCAUAUUCGAGGCACUCGCUUUGUCUUUCGCAUCUGGACCCUUUUUAAGGUUAAUGGGUGUUCAAUCUGUUUCAGAAAUGUUCAUCCCUGCGCGGCAGUUUCUUGUCCUUAGGGCGCUUGGUGCUCCUGCUUAUGUGGUUUCUUUAGCUCUUCAAGGCAUUUUUCGUGGAUUUAAGGAUACAAAAACUCCAGUCUACUGUUUAGGCGUUGGUAAUUUUCUAGCUGUAUUUCUAUUCCCUCUGUUUAUAUACAAGUUCAGGAUGGGUGUAGCAGGGGCAGCAAUAUCUAGCGUUAUCUCCCAGUACAUUGUUGCCAUUUCAAUGCUUAUACUCUUGAACAAAAGAGUUAUACUGCUUCCUCCAAAGAUGGGGUCACUAAAGUUCGGCGAUUACCUAAAAUCAGGGGGAUUUGUUCUUGGAAGGACUCUGUCUGUGCUCAUGACCAUGACCGUUGCCACAUCAAUGGCAGCUCGUCAGGGAGUUUUUGCAAUGGCAGCACAUCAGAUAUGCAUGCAAGUGUGGUUGGCGGUAUCUCUACUUACUGAUGCACUAGCUUCAUCUGGACAGGCCUUGAUCGCAAGUUCUGCAUCCAAAAGAGACUUUGAAGGUGUGAAAGAGGUUACGACUUAUGUUCUGAAGAUAGGAGUGGUGACAGGGUUUGGACUGGCUAUUUUGUUGGGGAUGUCGUUCAGUUCAAUAGCUGGUUUAUUUUCCAAAGACCCUGAAGUUCUGCGGAUUGUGAGAAAGGGAGUAUUGUUUGUAGCGGCAACCCAACCAAUGACAGCUCUGGCGUUCAUCUUUGAUGGACUGCACUAUGGGAUAUCGGACUUCCCCUACGCAGCUUGCUCAAUGAUGGUGGUGGGAGGAAUAUCAUCAGGGUUCAUGCUGUAUGCAUCGGCAGGGUUAGGGCUAAGUGGAGUGUGGGUGGGGCUGAGUAUGUUCAUGGGAUUGCGGAUGGUGGCUGGAUUCAGCAGAUUAAUGUGGAGGAAGGGUCCAUGGUGGUUCAUGCACACAAGUGACAAGCGUCUAGCUUAAAAAAAAAAGGCUUUUAAAGGGGAGAGAGAGAGAGAGACGUGGCAGUCUUCAGGCUUUGUCAAACUGAACUACGUAGUACACAUUUGUACUUAUUAGCUUCGUUUUUUUCGAUCUCGUUUAUUUACUGGUAAUCAAAUAUAAAAUAUAAUAAUCCUGUAAGUAGUUCUGCGAAAAAAAGCCUAAAAGGUAUCCAAAAUCUGUCAAGUGGAUUUUUUUUUUAUAAAUAAGAGAUAGUGAAUAACUUUACAUAAA